CAGGAAAUGUUUCUGUUCAGUGAAAUCGAAACUAAAGCUCAAACUGCUGUCGAACCGUUGUCGAUGUCUCUCUAUCUGUGCAAUAAAAUGGCAGAAUCCAGUGUUUCUUUGGCUCAGGAUCAGUUCAGCUGUUCAAUCUGUCUGGAUCUACUGAAGGAUCCAGUGGCCAUUCCCUGUGGACACAGUUACUGUAUGAACUGUAUUACAGACUGCUGGGAUCAGGAUGAUCAGAAGAGAGUCUACAGCUGUCCUCAGUGCAGACAGACCUUCACUCCAAGACCUGUUUUAGGUAAAAACACCAUGCUGGCUGAAGUGGUGGAGAAACUCAAGAAGACAAAACUACAAGCUGCUCGUCCUGUUCAAUGUUACACUGGAUCUGGAGAUGUGGAGUGUGAUGUCUGUACUGGGGACAAAAACAAAGCCAUCAAGUCCUGUCUGGUGUGUCUGUACUCUUACUGUCGCACUCAUUUUGAACAACAUGAGAAUCUCUUCAGGGAUAAGAGACACAAUCUGAUGGACGCCACUGGACGACUGCAGGAGAUGAUCUGCCCUCAACAUGAGAAACUGCUGGAGAUUUUCUGUCGAACUGAUCAGAACUGUAUAUGUUAUCUGUGUAUGGUGGAUGAACACAAAAACCACAACACUGUAUCAGCUGCAGCAGAGAGGACUGAGAAACAGAGACAGUUGGAGGAAACCCAGAGAAAAUUCCAGCAGAGAAUCCAAGUGAGACAAAAGGAUCUUGAGGAUCUGAGAGAGGCUGUGGAGUCUCACAAGCGCUCUGCACAGGCAGCAGUGGAGGACAGUGAGAGGAUCUUUACUGAGCUGAUCCACUCCAUUGAGAGAAGCCACUCUGAGGUGACACAGCUGAUCAGAGAUCAGGAAAAGGCUGCAGUGAGUCGAGCUGAAGAAAUACUGGAGCAACUGGAGCAGGAGAUUGAUGAUCUGAGGAGGAGAGACGCUGAGCUGGAGCAGCUUUCACACACAGAUCAUCAUAUCCAUUUCCUCCAGAGUUUCCGGUCUCUCUCUUUUCCUCCUGGAUCUACAGACUCAUCCAGCAUCACUGUCAGUUCUCGUCUCUCUUUUGAUGAAGUUGGCAAAUCUGUGUCUCAUCUGAGAGAGAAACUGGAGCAUUUCUGCAGAGAGGAGAUAGAAAAGAUAUCUGGCAGAGUGAGAAUCAUUAACAUCAUUCCCACCCCUGAACCCAAGACCCAUGAGGAGUUCCUCCAGUAUUCCUGUCGACUCACUUUGGAUCCAAACACAGUGAAUAAAAACCUGGUACUGUCUGAAGGGAACAGAGUGAUUAAAUACACUGAAACAACCCAGCGGUAUCCUGAUCAUCCAGACAGAUUUGAUGGUCAUCCUCAGGUGUUGUGUAGAGAGAGUGUGUGUGGACGCUGUUACUGGGAGGUUGAGUGGAGUGGUGAGGUGAGAAUAUCAGUGUCAUAUAAGAGCAUCAGCAGGAAGGGAUGGGGAGAUAAGUGUGGAUUUGGAUUUAAUGAUCAGUCCUGGUGUUUGUACUGCUUUGACACCAAUUGUUCAUUCUGGUACAAUAAAAAAAAGACUAAACUCCCUGGAGUCUCCAGCUCCUGUAGAAUAGGAGUGUAUGUGGAUCAUAGUGCAGGAACUCUGUCCUUCUACAGAGUCUCUGACACAAUGAUCCUCAUUCACAGAGUCCACACCACAUUCACUCAGCCUCUCUAUCCUGGGUUUAGAAAUUAUGGAUCAGUGAAACUGUUUGAGAUAACAAAAUAGAGUGUAUAUCAAUCAAUACUACAAUAUAUUCAAUACUACAGCUAAACUUACUUAUUUUAUUAAAAACAGUUUCAUUACAUAUUAGAACUAAAAUAUUUUGUUGGAUCCAUUUAAUAACAGUUAAAAUAACUAAUAUUAUCAUUUGUAUAACAGGCACUAUAAAAUAAAAUGUUUUCAGACAAGUUUGUUGCAUUGCGGGUUUUUUUCAGCAAGUGUAAAAGCGAUAAAUGAGAUGACAAUAUAUAUUAUUAAUAUUAUUAGAGAAAAAGUACUGAUGAAAAAAGGAACUCAGUUCUUUGUCAUAGGAUUUUUUAUAAUUUAGGGUACAUUUCAUGUCCAUUCAUUGAUAAAAAUUAUAAUGAUUUUCUAAAGAAAAAUCAUUUUAUCCAUUACAGUUUUUCCAAUUCCUAAGACACUAAACCCCAUUGGUCAAAUAAAUCACUCUUUUUGUAAAACCUUCAGGCAGAUGCCAUUUGCAAAUCUCAUGCACUCAUUUAGCAAAACUCAAAACACAUUCUUAAUCAUUAAAACACAUUUUGCACUGUGAUGCACUUGUGUUGCAAAAUGGUAAACACAAGUGGCAAAAGUUAAACACAACUACAACACAGUUGUCAUCGUUUACACACAACCACUCAAAACUGUUCUCACUUGUUUCUAAUGAUGUGAUCAAUCCAACUGUACAAAAUAUAAGUCAGUUCAGAGUGCACAAGUGCAUUGAAUGUUGAUAUGAACAAUGGAUGGGAACAAUCUGAGAGGGAGAGGAGGAAGAGUUUGUGUAAGAGGUGGUGGAUGAAGAGGAGCAAGGUGUGCAGUGUUGUCAAGGCUGGAUCCGGCACACUAGAGGGUUUUUUCCUUUGCCUGGCAAGAGGCAACAUUGCCUGUGACGGACAAAGUCCUCAGACCGGACCCAACACAAAGAUAUGAUGCUGAGGCAGAAUGAAUCUCUCAUUGACUUUGAUUUUGCAGUGUCACAACUUUUUUGAGUGAACUGUAACAUGCUUUUCAUUUAGAGUUUCCUUUGACCUUUUGGUUUUUUUUAUUAGGGCUACUAUAUUUUUACAGUAUAUACAAACAUUCAAAACUAUACAAUAUUCAAUACAAUAAUACACCUGCAGUAUAUAAUAUAUUCACCUUACUAGUUGAGGUUGCUGAAGAGAACGCAAAAAUUGUGAAAUUUGUUUACUGUGUACAAUAUACAAUUUUUUUUUCUGUAACUAGAUGUUCUGGAUGCUGUGUUCUCCAUUUUUCUAUGUAUUGAUAA